UCGUCGGAGCUGAGACUGGAGCUUGCCAUCUAGUUAAAGGUUGUCGUCGAUGUGUUCAGCGAAAUGGAGAGGAAUGCAAACCCUCAUCUAGAUGCAGGAGGAAGUGUUUUGUGCACAGCUAUUCCCACAGAAACCGGAGAUAUCAAAACCGUCGGCGGAGUGAAAGAUGUCUGCGAGAAGAGAGACACUUUGAGUACUUGUGCAAGUGCUAGCGGUGCUAAUGCUACUACACCCUGCAUACUGACAUUAGAUGCUGCUGAGACUGUCGACUCUCACACGUCUCAAAGCAAAAGCAUACAACCGAGCGUUUUAACAGAGACACAGUCCGCUGAUGCAGCAGAUCAGCUGAGCAACGGGACGGGAUCGGCUACUGUUUCUUCUGGGAAUAAGGAGGGUGGCACCUCAAACUUAGCAAACAACCAGGUCUCCACUGUCUCCAGCAUCACUAACGUGCAAACGGACGGUUUGGAUGGAGGGAUGACCGGCGAACCAACGAAGCUGUCCAAGCCAGCCCAUUUGUGCCCGGACAGGGCGAAAUCUGGAAGCUUUAACUCAAACGAUCACACUGUUUCCGACGGUCUUCCGAGUGCCAGCGAGCCGAGCAUCGCAGGCGAGUCCCGCAGCUUUGAUUCACUCGAGUCCUUCUCCAAUCUGAACUCCUGCCCGAGUUCGGACCUGAACAGUGAAGGACUGGAGGAGAAGGGGCUGGUGCUGGCUGUACAGACCGAAUACGGGGCCGAUGGCACGAAAAUCCCCUGGCCUAAAGACCGAGGGACCGGUCAGUCGUUAUACCACAUCAAGUGGAUCAAGUGGAAGGAGGAGAACACGCCUAUCAUCACACAGAAUGAGAACGGGCCGUGCCCGCUGCUGGCCAUCAUGAAUGUUCUGCUAUUGUCAUGGAAGGUCAAGUUGCCACCAAUGAUGGAGAUCAUAACAGCAGAACAGCUGAUGGAAUAUCUGGGAGACUAUAUCCUGGAGGCCAAGCCAAAAGAGAUCUCCGAGGCUCAACGUUUGAACUAUGAACAGAACAUGAGUGAUGCCAUGGCGGUGCUGCAUAAACUGCAGACAGGUCUGGAUGUGAACGUUAAGUUCACAGGUGUGCGAGUGUUCGAAUACACACCCGAGUGCAUCGUCUUCGAUCUGCUGGAUAUCCCGCUCUACCACGGUUGGCUGGUUGACCCACAGAUUGCAGAUAUUGUAAAGGCAGUGGGGAACUGCAGUUAUAAUCAGUUGGUGGAGAAGAUAAUCAGCUGUAAGCAGUCAGACAGCAGCGAGCUGGCCGGGGAAGGUUUUGUGGCAGAGCAGUUCCUGAACAGCACAGCAACUCAGCUGACGUACCACGGCCUGUGUGAGCUCACCUCUACUGUACAGGAGGGAGAACUGUGUGUCUUCUUCAGGAACAAUCAUUUCAGCACCAUGACCAAAUUUAAGGCCCAGCUGUAUCUGCUGGUGACGGAUCAGGGUUUUCUUACUGAAGAGAAGGUGGUUUGGGAAAGUCUGCAUAAUGUUGAUGGAGAUGGGAACUUCUGCGACUCAGAGUUCCUUUUGAGGCCACCCUCUGACCCAGAAACGGUGUACCGUGGUCAGCAAGACCAGAUCGAUCAGGACUACCUGAUGGCGCUGUCUCUACAGCAGGAGCAGCAGGGAUCAGAGCUGGGCUGGGAACAGAUCCCAGAAGGCAUCAGUGAUCUGGAGCUUGCCAAGAAGCUGCAAGAGGAGGAGGAUCGCAGAGCAUCACAGUACUAUCAGGAGCAGGAGCAGGUGGCAGCAGAAGCAGCUGCACAGGGACAACAGCCCGCAGUUGGUGAUGAUCAGGUGGAUAGAGCUGCAGCAGCUGGAUCCCCAGCAGGGGGGGCGACAGCUUCUCCAAGCCCAGGAAAACAGCCCUCUACAGCGGAACGCAAACCCAAAAAGGAGGCCAAGGACAAAGACAAAUGCAUCUUGUUGUAACAACAGUGGACUAUGUGGAGUGCGAAACAGGCAGCAGAUUAAUUACAGUCUGCAAAACAUCUCUCAGUAUGAGGUGGAGAGACCAAGACAAGGAGAGAAAGCAGUGACCGACGGUGAGAACUUGCCAUUCGAAAGCCACUUGUGCCUGUCUCGAACCCUCAAGAGUUCUGAAGACACAGAAAGCAGAGAGGGGUGUCACUACAAAGACUAUCACAACAUAUUUCGUAGAGCUGGCAAAUGUUCUCAGCAGGAAAACCACUGCAGUGCACUAUAUUUGUGGGGGUUCACAAGGGAGUGUGGAUGUAUUUGUAGUAAAAACAAAGGUAAUGUAUACAUAGCACCAGGCAAAGCUUGCAUAAUAUGAAGCAUUUUUUUUUUUUUGUUGGGGUGAUUUCCGUUAUUGCUGAUGUUUAUAAGCUAUUUUAUACCGAUUUACCUGAACAUAUUCCUAUGUAGACUAGUUGUAUUGGUCAGUUAUGUUAUUUGACUGAAAGAUAUCAGAGACAUUUUUAUGAAAGGCCACUCAAAUGAGCAUGUAGCAAGCCAGCAGGUUGCUCAGCAAAGUAAUGUCUCUGGACAUGAUGUAGGCUCUGGUACUUUGCCUGGCAGUGUGAUGCCAAAUCACUGAAAUUGUGCAAACUAGGAGUGACCUCCAUUUGUUUUAGAGAGCAAGACCUCUUAAAGGUCCUGACAAAAAUGGUUUGAGUUAAAAAAAAAAAUUAAUCAGUACAAUUAAGGCAUAUGGUUAUGUCGAGUCAUCUGUAACAGGAUAAAUAUUUAUUUCAAUAUAACACUGAUAUUAAUGAGCUAACAACUGACAC